AUGCCGAGUAAGGGAGCAAUCCCAAAAGCAAGGUCGGAGGGAAAGUUUAACUGGGGUGGGCCGUUCGCAGGAAUGGCGAUGACCCUCAGCCUAGGGAGGGCGUCCGAGAAGUCCCCGGCCUCUGCGGGAGGCGAUAAAGCAAAGAAGGCAAGGGAUGCAGUGACUGCCCUUGCUAAAGCGAUCGAAGAGAUGAACCGCUUCACCAGGGAGCACAAAAACGCUCACGCCUCCCUGAAAGAAGGUCUCAGCAAGGCUGCUCUGCUGAUGAGGCAGGUGGAGCGAGGGUGGUGCUGGGCGGAGAAGGAGCUCAGCGGUCUCAGGGGUACCGGCGAACGAGCGACGGCGUCGACGUCUACGCAGACGGAGGCGCAACCACGCACGGCUGAGCGGGAAGAUGCCCGCCCGCGAUCGGACCAAGAAAUGGACGGCCUGACCGGGGGCGCGAAGAGGAAGCAGACCUCCCCGUGCGCUGGCGCGACGGAAAAGCGCCCAUGCCCUGAGGCAGUUCUGAUGGAGGAAGGGGCCGCGGAGGCGGCCAACUCCACAAAAACAGAGGAGGGCUGGACCGUAGCGACCAAGAGGGUCCGGCCCAAGAAGAAGAAGCGCGGGGCUACCGAACCCCCGACGCAGCUGCAAAAGCCGCAACAGCAGGUGCAGCAGCAGGCACAACAACAGAGGGGCCAGCAGGGUGCGCUGAAGAUCGGCGGCCGGCGGCAGGCGAGGCCGGACGCGGUCCUUAUUAAGACGAGCGGGAGUGCCAACUACGCCGAGGUCCUCCGAACCAUCAAGCGGCAGGUGGACCCUGAAAAAACCGGGGCCCAGAUCACCGCGGUGAAGAAGACCAGGGGUGGCGACGUCCUGGUCGAGCUGAAGCGGGGCAGCAGCGGCGUCCAGGCUCUAAGGGACGCUGUGGCUGGGGCACUGGGGCAAGGCAACAAGGUUGCAGCACUUGAGCCUAUGCUCACGGUCGAGGUCAGGGACCUUGACGAUGUCACCGAGGCUGCCGAGGUAAAGGAGGCACUGUACAGCACCCUCCAGGUCGAGGUCACUGGGGAAGUAAGGAUGAGGAGAGGUUAUAAUGGGACCCAGGUUGCAUUACUACGGCUCCCGGAGCGAAUGGCCAGAAGGAUCCUCGCCGUAGGCAAGGUCAAGGUAGGCUGGUGUGUCUGCAGGAUACGCGAACGAGUCGCCGUGGACAAGUGCUUCCGGUGCCAAGGCUACGGACACCGAAGCGGGGAGUGCGUGGGCGCGGACUGCUCCAACGCCUGCAGAAGAUGCGGCAAGGCAGGCCAUAAGGAAAAGGACUGCCAGGCCAGUCCAAGCUGCUUGCUUUGCAGCAAGAACAACUGGAAGGCCGACCACUUUACAGGGAGUGGAAGAUGCAGGGCCUUCAGGGAAGAGCUGUCAAAAGCUAAGGGAAGGUGCUGGACGGGAAGCGGCACUUCUUUCUCCCAGCAACCGCGAGGUGGAGUUCCGAAGGAGGGUCGGAUCCGUGUGGGCACAAUGCCUCGCGUAACAGACAGCUCAGGACACGGCGGGACACUUGGCGUGCGGAUCCUCCAGGUGAAUCUCAACAGGAGCCGAGCCGCCCAGGACCUCCUCGUGCAGACCGCGGCGUCUCUAGGGGCCAGCAUUUUGCUUGUGUCCGAACCCAGCGGCGCGGGCAAGGCAGGUCCGUGGAUGCCCGACAAGAGAGGCGACGCAGCGAUCACGGUGACCAGGAACUUCUCCGGCAGCGUGACGCCGGGCGGCCAAGGAGAAGGCUUUGUCUGGGCAGGAAUUAAUCAGACCUGUGUUUUCAGCUGCUACUUCUCGCCCAACGCAAGGAUUGAGGUCUUCGAGCGGCAACUCGACGAACUGGAGGAGCAGGUCAGGGCUGCAGGUAACAGGAUCCUUAUAGCGGGCGACUUCAACGCGAAGUCACCUCUGUGGGGAUCGGCGACCUGGGACGUCAGAGGCAGAAUGGUGGCGGAGUUCCUGGCUAGGCUGGACCUCUCACCAAUAAACACGGGGGAAGCUCCGACCUGGAGAAGAGCGGCCACUGGCUCGGAGUCGGUCAUCGACAUCACGGCCGGUAGCCCUGGCGUCGCGGCGGAGGUGCGCGAAUGGAGGGUCCUGGAGGAGGAGAGCUUGAGUGACCACCGGUACAUCUACAUGGAGUGGGCGCUCAGCGCAGGCAACCGGACGAAGCAAGGUGGCGGGCGCGAUCCAGCGACAGCAGGCUGGGUCACCAGGAAGCUCGACAAGGCGGCCAUGGCGACCUGCCUCGGUGAGGAGAAGCGGAAACGCGGGAGCCGACCAACAGACAUCGGCGAUUCGGAAGUCGACGUGCUGAUGCAUACCAUCAUUAGGGCAUGCGACGCAGGUAUGCCAAGAAGAAAGCCCCCACGAGGCAAGCCCGCAGCGCACUGGUGGACCGAUCGGAUCGCCCAGCUCCGACGGGAAUGCGUAAGCGCCAGGAGACGGGCUCAGCGCGCACGAGCUAAAAGCAGGGACGCGGACGCCAGCAUGGCAGCCUACCGGAUGGCGAAGCGGGACCUCAGAAACGAGAUCAAAGCCAGCAAGGCCAGGUGCUGGGAGGAGCUCUUGCAGGCGGUGGAUGAGGACCCGUGGGGGCUGCCGUAUAAACUAGUCACCAAGAAGCUGGGAGUGCUACGGCAGCCGGACGACCCGGUGACCGUGGAAAACAUAUUAACCGAGUUGUUUCCGGUCCACAGGCAGUCGGAGAGGAGCAUCCUCGGGGCAGCCGCAACUGGCCCCCACCCCGAGCCCUUCACCUUGACGGAGCUGUACCACGCAGCUAGGAGGAUCAGCGGAGGCAAGGCACCUGGCCCCGACGGCGUGCCUGGGGAAGCCCUGGCAGUGGUCGCGGAGAACUACCCGGAGGCACUGCUCAGGGCGUUCAACGAGUGCCUACAACAGGGGAGUUUUCACCCGAGGUGGAAGCGGCAGAGGCUGGUCCUGCUACCGAAGGGACAGGCCAAAGAGGGAAGCGGGCAAAAAUACCGGCCCAUCAGCCUGAUCGAUGUGACGGGGAAGCUGCUUGAGAGGCUCCUGCAUGCCAGGUUGGAGGCCGCCCUCGACGCGUCUGGGGGCUUAGCUGACAACCAGUACGGCUUCCGAAGGGGCAGGUCCACGAUCCACGCCAUCGACGAGGUCGUUGACAUCGCGAGGAAAGCUAACGAGCGGAAAGGUCGCUUCGCUACCCCCUGCUUGAUGGUGCUUUUGGACGUCAAAAACGCCUUCAAUGCAGUUGGGCACCAAGUCAUACUGGACGCGCUGGAAAGGAGAAACGGCAUGCCGGCGUACCUCGUCGGGAUGGUCGGGAGCUACCUGGAAGACAGGCUGCUUCUGUACCGCACCAGCGAGGGAGAAAAAACCCGUCGGCUUUCAGCGGGUGUGCCGCAGGGGUCGGUCCUCGGGCCGCUGCUGUGGAACGUGGCGUACGACGACCUCCUCCGCAUGAAAAUGCCGGAUGGAGUAACCACCGUGGGCUUUGCAGACGACGUGGCGCUGGUGGUGACGGCGAGGACGACUGACCUUCUUGAGGCCAAAACCACCGAGGCAGUGAGUAGCGCCUGGGCAUGGCUGACGCAAAGAGGACUGGACCUGGCGGAGAAGAAGACGGAAGUGGUGGUGCUCACGCGGCGCUACACGCUGAAUGUCAACCCGAUCCAGGUCAAGGGGCACGAGGUCACUCCCACGGGAAGCGCGAAGUAUCUCGGCGUGACCAUCGACGCCAAGCUAAACUUUGCUGAGCAUGUCCAGCAGGCAGCCAGCAAGGCAAUGGUUGUGGCGGCGUCCAUUGGGAGGCUAAUGCCCAAUAUUGGGGGUCCGGUCAGCGGCAGGAGAAGACUCCUGGCCAGCGUCACCUACUCCGUGCCGUUGUACGGGGCUCCGGUGUGGGCCGACGCCCUAAGCACGCAGAGAAAUAGGAGCAGACUUGAGGCGGCGGGAAGGGCCUGCGCCCUCCGAGUGGUGUCAGCAUACCGCACGGUCUCGACGCCGGCCGCCAUGGUGCUAGCGGGACUAAUCCCCCUUCACCUCCUGGCUGCUGAGCGCAAAAGAAUAUCAGACGCGGAGACGCGAGGCGGGAGGCUGAGUAAGCUGGCUAGAGGCAGGCUCAGACGCGACGAACGGGAGCAGACGGUCAAGAAAUGGGACGAGGAAUGGAGGGUGGAGGACAAGGGGGCAUGGACGAGGGUCGCAAUACCCUCUGUCAUGCCCUGGUUUGACAGGGGACACGGCCGGAUGAAUUUCCACCUCACACAGGGGCUAACUGGCCAUGGAUGCUUCGGUGCGUACCUACAUCGCAUUGGAAGGGAAGAGACAGCAAAGUGCCACCACUGCGGCGAGGCCUUGGACGACGCAAACCAUACCUGGUUUGUAUGUAAAGCCUGGAACAUGCAGAGGGAAGAUAUGUGGAGGGCCACGGGACGCGUCCAGGGUAUCCAGGACCUAGUGAAGGCGAUGCUCGAAGGCCCAGAGAAGUGGAAAGCCGCGGCUGAUUUUACCGACGCAGUGCUGCGCGCGAAGGAAGAGGCUGAGCGAAGGAGAAGAAGGGAAGGCCGGACAGUGGGUCAGCAGGCUAACGGCGCGGCCUUGCCUCAAUCGCGAAGAAUGUGCAGCACGAGCACCUGGGGAGCAAGCCCGGGUGACCCAGAACAUCCGGAGACAUCGCCGACGCUGGCCACCGGCCGACGGACUCGACCUGGAAUGCGCCGAGCCAGCAAUUGCGACAGCAUAGCUGACAGCGAGGGCACAGAAGUGCAAUGCAGGACGAUGGAGCGCAUAGCUGACGAUAAUGCAACUCCAAGAAGAAGGUGUCAGCACCGCCAAGGCGAGCAGCGCAGCACAGCGCAAAAAUGGCCGACAGCGCACGACAGUGAUGGCCGACAGCGUACGGCAGCGAUGGCCGAAGAAGCGAGGCAACGCCCAAACGUCGGGUGGAGCGGCCAGCCGCUGACCGGCUACCGAGCGCCGACCAAGGCGGCACGGGGGCAGCACCUCACGGGUGACCGAGGCAGCGCUAGGCGACUGACGUCACGCGCAAGCGGGGCCCGGGCUGCCGAGGCGACGCCGCCGCUGGAAUGCGCCGAGUCAGCGGAAACCGCGUGGGCAGCGCAGUGCAACACGCGGCGCGACCAAGAUAUAACGCAAGGGGACAGCAAUCUGCGAGGCGAAGUGAGCAUUAGCUAUAACAGCAGCGAUCUAGCGGCAAUCUGUGAGCUGUAUUGUGGGUUAGAUUUACUGAGUGACAGUAAACGGCAUAACAAGGCGAAGGUGAAGAGGCUGGAUGAGGACCAGGGGGAGGAACCAGAGCAUACUACGGGCCACGUGGCGGGCUACCUCCGCGACAUCGGAACUGGCGAGCCGGUGAGGGGGGACAUUUCCCGGGAGUUUGAAAAAAUACUGCGGCUGUCCCAGAAACAUGCCGAAGCUCUCCGGGCGAUGCCACCCCCCACGGGUGUCGCGGCAGCUCGACCUACCACGAAGGGCGUGACAGUUCGCAUGACGUACGGCGACGUCAACUACCUGGGUAACAACAAAGCCGUACUGUACCUGAGGCGGCGGCGUGGAAGGCAGCAACGUCUUGUAAACUCCACCAGUCCGCUAAAAAUGCACCCCCCGGGCAACGACCUCGUUGUGCUUGACGGAGUAGUGUUUACCGCACCGUGCGAGUGCGACAGUCCGGACGAGCACGCGAGGGUGUUCCCACAGCACAGAACCACGGUCGCCGAAGGGGUGACUUGUGCAAACGGUAAACUGGCGCGUCUGCGUGGCGAGGGUGCAGGCUGCUGGGAGGGCAUGUGUGUUCUGCAUGGCAACAGCGAGGUGACGAAGCCGGACGUGAGGACGGCUAGCAGAAUGCUGUGCAGAGCCCAAGGCUCAUCAAAGAAGGACUGA